AUAAGUGAAAUGGGAGAUGGUGCGACGCCCCCAGAGGCGGAGACGGAGACAGAGACAGAAUGUACUCACCGCAGCUGCCGCUUGCUCGGACGCGCGUCUUGUCUCCCUCUCAAUUGGAGCCAGCCCAGGCUGAUAGCCAUCCCGUUGCCGGCGGCGGGGGCUUGGAAACUUCUCUGCUCGGCCUAAUCCACCAUCACCACCACCGCUCGGUCCUCCUCCGAGACCGCGCUGAGAAAGCCAAGAGAGACGCAAUCAGGAGCGCUGCGGCGGUGUCGGAUCUGCUGGUGGAGGCGGUGAACGGAGGGGUGCAGGAGGCCUUCCUCAACCAGAAGCGCAUCGAGCUCGAGAUUCGAGCUUUGGCGGCCGCCGUCUCCCGCUUCACGAAGCAGACCGAUCACUGGCUCGCCUCCACUCAUGCUCUUAACUCCGCCAUCAAGGAAAUGGGGGACUUCGAGAACUGGAUGAAGAUAAUGGAUUUCGAUUGCAAGAGCAUCAAUGCAGCCAUCCGCAACAUUCAUCAGGCUUGACUUUCAGCGCUCAGAUAUGGGAUCCAUCCCCCGUUAUCUCUAUUAGUCUUCCUCAAGACCGAGUCGAAGCUAUAGGAUCAUGAAUGCCUAUCUUCAUCUAUCCACACAUUUUGUUAAAUGGGCUUGAAUCCCUCGAGAUGUAUAUUAAGUACCAAAUUAUGCACGAUGCCUCAAUCAAAGGUCCCUCCACUGUACUUUUC